AAGAAAAUUGAGCACCCAUAAAACGUACAACUUCAAACUGCCUGUAAAUUAUAAGUAUAAAGACCUUAUGUUGUUCACGGAUAGGUACGAUUAAGUGUGACUCUUACACGGUGCAACUUUAUUUAAUUAAAUUUAAAUUUGUUUAAUUGAAUUAAAAAUCUCCUUCUUUUGGGGAGUUAAUUAAAAAGGAAAUAGGUUAACAAAUGGUUCGCUUAUAGGCAGGUAUGAAUAAAAAUUGCAAUAAUAAUGUAAUUUGCUAGAAGGUAGCAAAAAAUCGUUUAUUUCAAUAGCGUUCAAUGACUUAGAGACAGGGAGAUAAGAAAACAGUGACAACCAUAGACGUUUCAUAAUAACGAUAACCAACAAGCCAAGAGAUAAUUGGAAAGUAUUUUGUAAGAAACGUUGAUAACUUUCUCAUAAUUAGAUCACGCGAAUUGGGCAAUCAACCUAAUUAAUUAGACACGUAGCCAUGGCUGUUGAUAUGGCUGAAAUGAGCGUCUUAUCGUGGCAGCGAGCGCCGCGAAACUUUUAAUUCACUUCCGUGCAUGAAGGUACGCGGGACCAGAAAUUAGAAGUUCGGCAGAUGUCGGCGCGUCGAGACGUAGGCGCGAGCGAGCGCGCCGCGAGCGCGUUGCCCGCGCCGUGCCGCCCGCCCCUUAUCGCCUUAUCAGCCCUUAUCACACACUCAUCGCGAACUGAUCGCGCAAUACCGCUUGAUUCACACACGUGCGAAUUACUUGCCCGCGUGUGACAUACGACCAUGUUGGCAAAAUCUGUGCUAUUUAUUGUGAAUUUGUGUAUAUUGUUUGGAUUUUCAUCCUGUCAAGUGCAGCAGCAACUGCUGAAUAAGCUUGUGUGUAUUGAACACGUGGAGUGCGGUGCGUGCCUGUCGGCGGCCGCGCAUUGCCGCUGGUGCGCCGACCCAUACUACAGCACCGCCGCGCCGCGCUGCAACGACGAUGAGAGUUUGGUAUCGACGGGGUGCAGUCAAGGCAUGAUCCAGCGGCCGGAGAAGCCGGUGUGGGAGGUCGCUGAGAAUAGUUCACUGCAAGACAUGCGGCCAGACCAGCAAGAGGCUGUCGUACAAAUACAACCGCAGAGAAUCAAACUAUCCUUAAAACCAAGGGAAACUCGUAAGAUAAAAUUUACUUAUAGACCAGCGAAGAAUUAUCCCCUAGAUUUGUAUUACUUGAUGGAUCUGACUUGGUCUAUGAAAGAUGACAAAGAAACUCUUGUAUCUCUGCGUGACGAUUUGCCUACGAUGUUGAAAAAUCUGACUGAUAAUUUCAGAAUCGGUUUCGGUAGUUUCGCUGAGAAACCUCUAAUGCCGUACAUCAGUGUGGACCCGCGCCGACUCGCCAACCCCUGUUCGAGUGAAGAAGAGGAUUGUGAAGCCACUUACAGUUACCGACAUCACCUUUCAUUAACUAACAAGGUAAAUGACUUUAUAGAGCACGUAAACAGCAGCUCAGUGACAGCAAACUUAGACAAUGCGGAGGCACAAUUAGAAGCAUUGGUGCAGGCGAUAGCGUGCGGAGACAAGGUCGGCUGGGCGCCGCAGAGCCGGAAGAUCGUCUUACUCCUAACUGAUGGGCUCAUGCAUACCGCUGGGGAUGGGAAACUUGGUGGUGCGACUUUGAGAAACGACGAGAGCUGUCAUAUUAACGAGGAUGGAUAUUACUCCGAAGCGGGUAGCUACGACUACCCGUCUAUAGCGCAAGUGUUCCGACUACUAGAUAAAUACAAGGUUAACGUGAUAUUCGCCGUAACUGAAAGUGUUAAAUACCAUUAUGACAGUUUACAUCGUCUGUUAGAGGACUACACUUACGUGGCCAGGCUGGAAAGUGACAGCUCCAAUAUUUUGAAACUAGUUAAAACUGGAUACGAAGAUAUCGUCAGUGUUGUCGAUUUCGAAGAUGAUUCCGAAUCGGGCCCCGUGAAGGUCAAAUACUUCAGCGACUGCGGAGUGAAAGGUCCAAUGGUGGAGGCGACGCGGUGCACCGGCGUAGAAUACGGUAUGACCCUGAAUUAUGAGGCCCAUGUCAGUUUGGAGUCUUGUCCUGAGUACAAAAAGAUGAGCCAGACAAUAAAGAUAUCAGAAAGCCAAUUAGGACAGGACUCUCUAACUCUAGACGUGGACAUGCAGUGCGGCUGCGAAUGUGAAGGCGAUUUGCAAAAAGAUAUUUUACUAACGUGUCCUUUCAAUUCGCACAUCGUCUGCGGCGUGUGUCAGUGCAAUAAAGGAUGGUCAGGUCCGUCUUGCGACUGUUCGAUUUCUGACGAGUCAGCGUCAGCGCGUCUGCAGGCGCAGUGCCGCGCGGCGAACUCAACGCGCGCGUGCUCUGGUGCCGGCGAGUGCGUGUGUGGCGAGUGCGCGUGCGACCGCGGAUACACCGGCCGAUACUGCCAGUGCCCUACUUGUGAUAUUAGUCUUGAGAACGGCAUGGAAUGCGGCGGCGUGGGGCGCGGCGUGUGCGCGUGCGGGCGCUGCGCGUGCGCGGAGGGCUGGGGCGGCGCCGCCUGCGACUGCCCCGAGGACACCGCCAGCUGCCGCGCGCCCGCCUCCGACAGCGUCUGCUCCGGACACGGAGAAUGUGUUUGUGGUCAGUGUCAGUGUUCGAUGACGGAGGAGGACGGCAGCAAGUACACGGGCGCGUUCUGCGAGACGUGCGCGACCUGCGAUAACCCGCUGUGCGCGAACGCGGAGCCCUGCGUGCUCUGCCACCUCAACAGCAGCUGCACCGACGUCUGUCACAUCGCCAACGUCAACUACACCGUCAGCGAGAGAAUGAAUGAACGAGCGAGUUCUGAUGAAUCGGAAACUUCGUGCAUUCUCCGAGUCGAUGAAAAUGGCCUCGAAUGCGAGUACUCGUAUACGUAUUACGCCGGAGCUCAAGCGAUGAUUGCUAUGGAGAUUGUCAUCAGAUCAAAAGAGUGUUACCAGCCUACAAGUGCCAGAAUAAUGACCAGUGCUUUAGUGAUAAUGGCUUGUGUUAUCGCCGCGGGAAUCGUUGUUAUAAUGGGCGUAAAGAGUGCACAAAUUGUCUCAGACAGGAGAGCAUACGCGAAAUUCGUCCAAGAAGCACAAGAAAGCAGAAAGAAUAUGCAAGAAUUAAAUCCAUUGUAUAUUUCACCAAUAUCAGAGUUCCGACUUCCCGAUUCGUUUCCUAGAGACAAACAUGAUUAAUUUCGCGCGCGAAAAAUGACAAUUGUGACGUUUGUAACCUCUAUGGUUUUAAUGGUGUAUAUGUUGCCAGUAUUUUUGAAAAUUUAAAUUAAUUGUGUUUUAUUUUAGAGACUGUUUAUUUAAGGAAAACAACGAAUUUUUUAUGUUUUGUUUUAUAUUGUGCAGUUUUUGUUUAAAUUUUAGUUAUUGCAGAUAUACUUUAUGUACCUUUUAAUAGUUUUUUUUAACCUUUAUAAAAUUUAAUGUACUUAUAACUUUCUGCUAGUCGUUCCUAACAUAGGAUUGUUUACUUACAAAGUAGUUGUAUAGAUAAGAAUGUACUUAGUAGUACUUACUUUACCGUUUAAGUUCCUACAGUUAAGUUUAACGUUAACACCACAUUAAAGUUGAU